CAAGUCUUCUCUAGCCACCGGAGGACUCGCCUCGCUGGUGUGCGCUGCGUGCUUGAUGGUGAGUUUCGCCGCCGGACUUCUGCCGCUUACUUCUUUCGCCCUGAUGUCUGUUGGGUCGUUAGAGUGCUGAGACCAGAAGUCCUCAGGGCUGAAUUCGAAGAGGAACAAAGGCCUCUGGAAAGUGUUUGGAAGCCUCUCUAAAAUAUAUCCAGGGGAGGAUAAGCAGCUAAGGGACAUCCAUCCCAACGGAACUGAUUGAUAGCGUGACUCAGUUACACCAUUAAAUCCCAUCUAGAAGUUGAAGCAUCAUCCUUUGAUAAAGAUUGUGUGUGUAUAAUACGAGGAUGGCCUUUCAAUUUAACUUUAGUAUAGAAGAAGACCUGGAAAACAAAUUAAUACCCUGUGGAGAUGGGACUUUGACCCUGGAUUCAUCAAAAGAACCACCAGUCUCAAAAGGUCAAAAAGGAAAGCAGGACAGAAAGAGUUCUGCAGAACUGUCAGACUUGCUUCUGGAUGGCUUGAGGGAAGGCUCCUCAAUGGGAAAAACAGCUUCCUCUGAAGACACUGACAGCCCACUCAGUGCAGCUGACCGUUCAGGUGACCCAGAAACAUGUGAGAAACAGCCCUUCUUGAGAGCUGCUAAAGAACAUGCUAUGCCCAAAGAUUUAAAUCAAGUCUUAGCAAAUAAGGUUAUGGAAAUGUUGCCAGGUCCCCAGCAUGUUAACGUAGCAGUAGUGAAAACCAUCUUGUUGAAAGAGCAAUUCCCUGGAGAAAACAUAGUUUCAAAAAGUUUUUCUUCUCAUUCUGACUUGAUUCCAGGUGUUUACGAAGGAGGCUUAAAAAUCUGGGAGUGUACCUUUGAUCUCUUGACUUAUUUCACAAAGGCCCAAGUGAAAUUUGCUGGGCAAAAAGUGUUGGAUCUUGGCUGUGGAUCAGGGUUGCUUGGAAUAACUGCAGCCAAAGGAGGAGCCAGAGAAGUUCAUUUCCAAGAUUAUAACAGUUUGGUGAUCGAUGAAGUGACCUUACCUAAUGUGGUUGCUAAUUUCCCUUUGAAGGAUGAGGGCAAUGAUGUAAAUGAGCCAGAUGGGAAAAGACAAAGGAAGUCAAAAGUAGCCCAAGAAGAAUGUAAAUGUCGGUUUUUCUCUGGGGAGUGGUCUGAGUUUUGUAAAUUUGUAUUAAAUGAAAAACUGUUUGUGAAAUAUGACCUCAUUCUCACCUCAGAAACCAUUUAUAAUCCAGAUUAUUACAACACUUUGCAUGAAACAGUCCUCAGACUGUUGAGUAGGAAUGGCCGGGUGCUUCUGGCCAGCAAAGCACAUUAUUUUGGUGUUGGUGGUGGUGUUCAUCUCUUUCAGAAGUUUGUAGAAGAAAUGGAUGUGUUUGAGACUAAAACACUUGAAAUAAUUGAUGAAGGUCUCAAGAGGUUCCUAAUUGAAGUGACUUUUAAGUACCCCAGUUAAUAUGCACUGGGUGGUGGCCUAAUGGAAUAAACAGAGUAAUUCAGAACUUG